AUGUCGCAACCGAGAUCAUCCAUGCUCCUUAGCUUAAUCCUGGCUAUCCUGGCCAUCGCUUCCAUCGGCUUCACCCAGCCCAUCACGACGAGAACCAGCAUCUCCAGAUCUCAACUACAUGCACGAACUCCAAGCCCAAGAGUGAUCCCCCAAAGCGCAGAACUACGCAACAGCAUCAUGAACGACAUCUUCGACAGCGUCGGCCUGCACGCCCUCAGCAAGCUCAACCAGUGGAAAGAAAAGAUCGAGAAAUCUGAUAUCAUCGACGACAGCACCAGCCUCAACAGCACCAUCACCGCUCAGCACAACGCGGUCGUGUCGGAGACCCCCAAGGCAGUCAACGAGGACCACAAGACGGGCCUGGCGCAUCCCAUCGAGGAUCCCCUGGGGUUCGUGACUGGUGUAUUUGCAGCCGUGUCGAGCAAGGUCAGUCAGGUAUUCAACAGUCAGGAUGAGAUUACUUUGGGGGUGUGA